GACAUGUACAUAGUCUUCACUAAACAGUAUCUUUUACUACUGCAGAACUGAGGGCAUGAUAUUCCCACCUGAAGAAAUGGCAACAAAAUCCAGCAGAGCAAGGACUAUUUUGUUUUACUUUUCCUUGUGAGUAGGAAUUUUCUUUUGAGUCAUUUAUUUAAAGAACUAGGUGCUAGUUCUGGACUAGAAGCUAACUGGAGUUUGGGUUUAGAUGAAAAAGAGGAACUUGAUAUUUCCAGCUCCAUGACCUCAGGCUGCCUUUGGUACAGAAAGUUAAAUAUUCCUCUCUCUAUAGCAUCUAACAAAAGGAAAGGAAUCCGCAACAUGUGAAGUUUUUGCUGUUAAUAAAAAAUAAUGGCAGUAGUAAGCUGCAGGAAAGGAGCUAGAAAAACUGGUAGAAAUAACCAUAAAAAUUCUUCCUUUCUGAAGUGGUCAGAGCUCACUGUCUUUUGUGUGUAUGGGAUGUCACUGAGGAGCAAAGGAACCCAGUAGACACAGUGUAUCUGUUUUGCAGCUGUAGAGAAUAAUACCUUCACAAAACACUUAAGACUUUAAAAUUUUAAAAAAUCUAUUGCUAUUCUCUCAAUUUUCCAAAAGAACAAUUCUGAGUUUGGAAGUUGUGGGGAGCGUUUAACAGGGGAGAGGAGAGGAAUUAGGGAAGGAGGAGGGCAGCUCUUAGGAGCAUUAGUAGGGACACGACACAUUGGAGGCAAAAACAACAGCAAGAGAAAGGUAAGGCCUUAUCUUACCCUCGGUUUUCAGCUGCAAAUUGCUGUUAACCUAGCAAUCAGAGAUUCCAUUCAAAACAGUAAGAUGCGCACAUCUGCCUGUGUGUUCACAUACAUACACACUCUUUGGAGAGGAGACAGUUGAGGCUUGGCAGGUUACAAGCAAGGCUGGAACCACAGGCUCUAGUUCUGCAGGAAAACGAAGCUGAACAAAUCCGCCUUUCCUUGCAGCUCUUAGUAUUAAGUACUUAUCUUUCUCCCAGCAUGAUAAAAGAUUCCAUGUAACUAUGAAAAUCCAGAGCUGAGUGCAUUGCUCCCCAUAGCUAAACCCCCUUCAAGCCAAUUGUAUCUUCAUAUUCUAAGCAAGCAGGUAUUAACCAAACACUCUGCAGGAUACCAGAGAAAGGCCAGUCAGCAGUCACCUUUCAGCAGGCUCGUAGACCUACCCAGCAGCAUCUUCCCUGUGGUUCUUUUCCUUUCUCAGAAGCCAUAGGUAAAGAAAAGAGAAUGAAGUACAGAGGCAAGCCUGGCUUCUCUGAACACUUGCCUGCCUCAUUGCACUACACACUUGAAGCAGCACGAGAUGUUUCCAUGCAUGUAGAACAAGACCAGGCUGUGUCCAGCUCACAAAGCUGCGCUGGGUAGCACAUGGGCACCAUCCUGCCAGGGCUACACCAUUUGCUCCCAAUGUCAACACAGGCUUCAGGGUCAGCUCCAUCCUCUGAGGAACCUUGGAAGAUGUAGGGAGUCAAGUCUAAAAGAACUGAGUAAAGAAAAGCAAAGAAGCAUCAUUUUCUCUGAAGCAGUUGUUCUGAUUUUUUAGCUUAAAACCUAGAUUUAGAAUCUAUCUAGAUCUUCUUGUCCAUUUGCCCUUAAGUGCAGAUUAGUCCCUAUAUAGAAGUAAUUCUUGGCCAACUAACAGUAUGAGGUGUUCGAUGUCCUACCUCCCUGCGCUCCCAGCAAAGCCAGGAUAGUCAGGAGACACCAUGAGCCCAGAGGCCGCUGCACUAUGUGCAGGGGAGGGUCAGCAUCAGCCCAGACUGUAAAAUGGGUGCUGUGUCUUAUCCGUGAGUCAAAGACCAAAGCUUUUAAAGGUAUUUAUUAACACAAAAAUGCAGUCAAGUGAUUGCUUCCUUGUUGUUAGUUUUUAUUAAUCAUUAGCUACUGUGAGUCUUAAAACUUUAUCUUAAAUUAGAACUCAGACUGCUGACAAAACCUGUAAAGGAAGAAGCUUUCUCUGCAACCCAUGGACAAGUCCUGCAAGCAAGAAGAGCUGUAAUGAAUUACUAUUAUUAAAUUUUGUAAAUAUUUUACCAAGUUUAGAAAGAAUUUUUAGGAAACAAAAAGACACAGAAAUUUCUUACUACCUCCAAUCCUAAGAGGUGGUUUCCAACUUCUCUUCCAGAAGACAGAAAGUCAACCUAGGAGGAAAUUGCACACGAAUCCACAGCAAAUACACCACAGCCACAGCUUUGACAGGAACAGUGGAACUGACUUUCUAACACAAAACAAGUAAAAUAAGCUUAAAACCCACAAAUCUCUUUAGACUUCUUUUUGCUGUUAACUACGUUGAAGAAACAAGUCUCAUUCAUCACUUUCAAAUGUGAAGUCAAGAUUCCUUGUUUCUAAGUCUGAGCAGGUACCACGAGCAGAUAGAUUCUGCAUCUUUCUUUACCCACUGAAAUGACUGGAGUGCAAGAAAUAUGAUGAGUAUUAAAGCAUUUUGAAGAAAACAAGUUCCCAAUAGGUUGUGAGCUGGCUGAUGGCUUUUAUUGUCUACAGAAAGACUUGCACUUCUAUUGUUCCACUUGGCACGCAGGCUGACAACAGAAAAAAAAGCCUCAUUGAACAUGCUGAGAAUGAGCUUUAAUCUCACAGUUUGCCUACUCAUUUAUUCGGAAAUGAGACUGUAAUGGAACUUUAUUAUUCCGUUACGAUACAUCCACUCACUUCUAAGUAUGUCAUUAAGAACAACCUUUGAUAGACAAUACAGAGACUGGAGUUUAUCACCACCAGCACCUUGAUCCAAGUUGUUCAUUUACAAGCUGCAUCUGUGAUCACUGGCAGGGUAGACUAUGGAUUGCUGGAAGGGAGCCAUAGGCCAGAGCUGGAUUUAUCCCACGCUGAUCAUCUGUGCGAAUGGAUUUCUCUCCACCAUGAGGCCAUCAGAAUCUUUUCUCACUCCCUAUCUAACUGGACCAGACAAAAACCUAACAAUUGAAGAGGUUACCAACCAGAUUUUCCCAGUGUGGACAUACUCCUACCUUGCACUCCUUUUCCCAGUCUUCCUGAUUACAGACUACAUGCGCUACAAACCCGUCCUCCUCCUCCAGGGCAUCAGCUUCGUCAUCACGUGGCUCUUGCUCCUCUUCGCACACGGAGUGGCGGCCAUGCAGGUGGUGGAAUUCUUCUACGGGAUGGUGACAGCCACCGAGGUCGCCUAUUACGCCUACAUCUACAGUGUCGUCAGCACCGAUCGCUAUCAGAGAGUGACGAGCUAUUGCAGGAGUAUCACGCUUGUUGCAGCCACCAUUGCCGCGGUGCUGGGGCAGCUGCUGGUUUCCUUAGCAGGUGUAUCCUACUUUCACCUGAACGCCAUUACUUUGGCUUCCGUGUCCCUGGCAUUGGUGUGCUCCUUUUUCCUCCCAAUGCCCCAAAAGAGUAUGUUCUUCCACAGGAAAGAUGUCUCGGAAACUCUCCCGGGACCAGAUAAAGCUGCGGCUACAGGCGGCACCGACGGGCCACCGAGCCGCCCAGAGGACAAGAGCUCUGCAUCUGCUGACAGGGCACCGGCACCCGAGCAGCAGGCUGAGAAUGCCAAACCCCAGAGUCACAUGCUCAGAGUACUGGUGCAGCUGGGCAGGGACCUGAGGGAUUGCUACAGCUCUAGGAAACUUCUGUACUGGUCCCUGUGGUGGGCUCUGGCUACAGCAGGCUUUAACCAGGUUCUGAAUUACAUCCAAGUGCUGUGGGACUUCAGAGCCCCCUCUCACAGCUCUGCAGUGUACAACGGAGCCGUUGAAGCAAUAGCAACUUUUUUAGGUUCAGCAACAUCCAUGGCAGUUGGAUGCAUCAAAAUAAAUUGGGACCUUUCUGGAGAACUGACUUUGGGAAUUUUCUCUGCAAUGGAUGCUGGUUCUCUGUUUCUCAUGCACUUUACUGACAACAUCUGGGCAUGUUAUGCCGGUUACCUUGCAUUUAAAGCAUGCUAUAUGUUCCUUAUAACAAUAGCAACGUUUCAGAUCGCUGUCAAUCUAAGCAUGGAGCGUUAUGCUUUGAUGUUUGGCUUCAACAACUUUGUUGCAGUGGUGAUUCAAACAAUUUUAACUGUUGUUGUUGUAGAUUCAAAAGGUCUGGGCCUGGAUAUCAGCACCCAGUUUCUCAUUUAUGGCAGCUACUUUACAUUCAUAUCUGGAAUUUUCCUGAUUAGAAGCAUAUACACCAUUAUCUCCAUCAAAUGCAGAAAUACCAGUGGAGCUGGUGAAAACACUAAUCAUUAACCACAGAGACAAAAGGAAUGGUUGCAAGCAGCAGUACAGAAGGCUGCAUCAUCUGAACAACGAAUUAGGAGAAACACACUGCUCAAUCAAGCAAGACUGGUCAAUAGUGAAACAAGCUGUUUAAGCGCCUACAGCAUAAAGUGCUUUGUCAACAGGAUGAUGCAUUUUGCCCAUUUUCUUCACCAGUAGUUUAACAGCAAACAAUCUUCUAUUUCAACCCAAGUUUAGUGAUCUGACACCGAAAUAUCUAUUGAUGCUCAGUGAGCACAAAUACAUACAGGUGCCUGAACCUCACAACAGAAGAGCUUAUAGAACACAACCUUUGAACUUUCACUUCUACUGAGUAUUUCAAUUACAGGCAGUUUCGUCAUAGACUUAAGACCUUCAAACAUUCCUGGGGAAUCUAAAGAAGCAGUUGCCCCAUAGUAGCACAGUGAUCUGUUGGAAAGUUUGCCACAGAAGUCUCUUGAAAACUUUUUCAAUUUCAAAAAUACUUUUUCAAUUGGAAGUUGUGACACAUUUUUAAAGCAAGUUAACAAACAUCAAUAAACCUUUUUUUUCCUCAAAGACAGUACUUCAGGAUGUUCAAAGGUGGAUUACUAUAAUGCUAUGUAGCAUAGCAAUACUGCCACUUUAGUUUACAAAUGGCCAAAUGCAGUCUUUUCAGAUCCCUCACAGACAACGGACUCAGAAAUCUGAAGUUACAGAACUGUAAGGAAAACAUCAUUAUAUACAGGUAAACUGCUACUGAUGCAGUGACAGCUUAACUGUGAGUUUGUACAAAUACAAGACACUAACCUUCCCUUUGAGUGUCUGCCUCGAUAAGCACAUGCAUUAAUUAUGUCUGACAACUACCAUGAUCCACACACACUUAUCUUUGAAACCAGAAGAGCUCCUGAAAUACUUUUUUAAGCCAUGGGGAGACCCUUCAACUUCUAUACAAGGCAGUCUUAAACAAUACAACUAAAAGUUUAGAUAUAACUAAAGCUAAUUAGGGAAUAUUCUUUCAACUGUGUUCAGUAGUUUCCACUUUGGAGUAAACUAUAUUAGACAGCAGCAAAUUCCAUCGUGUUCCUUCACAACUUACAGAUUUCCCAAGAGUCAGAGUAACUGAUGAUUCCCCCAAUUCAGCAAUCAAAAAAGU